CCCUCGUCACAUGACCAAUACGGAAGUGAGAAGUGAACGCUGUGGUUCUGGAUCUGGAUGUAUCUACACUGUCUGCUCCGCGAUGUGCGGAGAGCUGUGGGACUGAUGGGGCUCGCAGGGGUGCGCUGAGGUCGGCGACAGUAGCUCAUACUGGGUUUUAAAAAUUUCUUGGGCUUGUUUGCAGUUUGUUUAGUUUUAUUAUUUUAUUUUAAUUAUGGCUACUUCGGCUUUUAGUAACUGCAACCACGACGCCUCAGAGUCAGAGAAUGACAAGCUGCUGAGAUCUGCAACCAAAUAUGGCUCCAGUGACUUCAGAGACCACAAUGCAUCAGAUCCCCAACUGGUACCAGCUGCCAACUUGCUGGGAGCAGAGGAAGCUGAGGAGGCCCUACGUAGGAAGCUCAAGUACUUCUUCAUGAGCCCCUGUGACAAGUACCAUGCCAAGGGCCGUAAGCCCUUCAAGCUUGGCCUGCAGAUACUGAAGAUCAUAGUCGUCACCAUACAGCUGGUGCUGUUUGGACUCAGUAACCAGAUGGUGGUCACAUUUAAGGAGGAGAAUACUGCAUCUUUCAAAAACCUUUUCCUCAAGGAUUAUGGUGAGGGGUCUGAGGACUCCCUGGCAGUCUAUACCCAAAGUGAUGUCUACAGCCACAUAUUCUACACCAUAGAACAGUAUUUGGCGCUGCCGGAGACCACGGUGGGGCGUUACGCAUACGUGUUUGGAGUAGGGGUGAACGGGAGCGCUCUUUCCCUGUGUCAGCAGUACUACAAGAAGGGCCACAUCGACCCAGCCAAUGACACGUUUAAAAUCGACCCUCGCGUUGUUACUGACUGUGUUGGCGUGAGCCCUAUGGUUGAACCCCUAGCAGAGGCAAGUGCCGAUUACAGGAAUUUCACCCUCAAGUUUCACAAGCUGAUCAAUGUGACCAUCCAGUUCCAGCUGAAGGCCAUCAAUGUCCAAACCAUCCUGAACAAUGAGAUUCCUGACUGCUACACAUUCUUCAUCACGAUUGUCCUGGAUAACAAGGCUCACAGUGGCAAGGUGAAGAUCAGCCUGGAUAACCAGGCCUCCAUCAAGGAGUGUACAUCUCCCAGUGUGUCUGGACAUGCGGAGAACCACGCACGGCUGGCAUUUGACCUGUUUGUUGCAUUUCUGUGCCUACUGUCCCUGGUGCUGUGUGGUCGCUCCAUCGUCCGAGGAAUCCUACUACAACAGGAGUUUGUGAGGUUUUUCAAGACCACCCUUGAUCGGAAGGUGAGCUGGGCCGACAGGCUUGAGUUCAUCAAUGGCUGGUAUAUCCUGCUCGUCGUCAGUGACAUCCUCACCAUCACUGGCAGCUUCAUCAAAAUUGGCAUUGACUCGAAGAACUUGUCUUCAUAUGAUGUGUGUGGCAUCUUGUUGGGUACCUCCACGUUGCUGGUGUGGGUGGGAGUGAUUCGCUACCUCACCUUCUUCCAGAAAUACAAUAUUCUGAUUGUAACUCUGCGAGCAGCCUUCCCCAACGUGAUCCGUUUCUGCUGCUGUGUGGCUGUCAUCUACUUGGGAUACUGCUUCUGUGGCUGGAUCGUACUAGGGCCAUACCAUGUCAAGUUCCGCUCCUUGUCCAUGGUGUCAGAGUGCCUGUUCUCUCUGAUCAAUGGGGACGACAUGUUCGUGACGUUCUCCGAGAUGCAGGACAGCAGCACAUUGGUCUGGGUCUUCAGCCAGGUCUACUUGUAUACCUUCAUCUCCCUCUUCAUCUACAUGGUUUUGUCGCUCUUCAUUGCACUCAUCACUGGGGCCUACGAGAGUAUUAAGCAACAAACCCAGGAACCAAUACAUAUAACAGAUCUGCAUGCCUUCAUAGCAGAAUGCACAGAUACACCCAACUCUGGCAAAUUCCGUGGCCUGGAGACCUCACCCUGCUCUUUCUUCUGUUGCUGUGACAGAACCACAACAUAUGAAGACGUGCUGUUGGUGAACUGACGCUGAAGCUACAGCACCCUCUGUUGGUUUUGUCCUGACAAAUGUGGCUCUUGAAGACAAAAACAUCACCUUCAACGCCUGGCCAGUGGGGCAUGAAUGGUGACAGACUGGACCUUAGCAAGAACUGGCCUGUUUGUGAGACAUGAUGUGUCCUUAAAUGUAGUGUCAUAAUUUUCUCUCUGUUAUUCAUACCUGUAACUUCCAAGGAUUCCUAUUUUAACACAUACCAGCAAUAUUCAGUCAGACAGGUGCCAACUGUUCAAAAGAGCACCUUCACUGCAGCACGUGUGUAGUUUGGCUCAGUAUAUUAGGAAACUUGUCUUGGACUGAGGAAAGAUGUAGUUUUAAUUUAUUUUAACAGUGGAACUUGAAAAAUGUACGUGAUUGCUGUAGAAUGUACCAUGCACAUUUAGUCUUGAGCAUUACAGAAGUGAACAAUGAAGAAAGCAGAGUAUGCAUGAGUAGCGUACCAUAAUGUAUAUUCCUCAUCAACAUACCCACGCCAUACAUGUACACCCAUCAGCCAGUUGUUCUUCUCAGAUGAUUUUUAUGACAAACGUAAUUAAUGUCUUUUGUC